AUGGAUACUCACGCUACUGCUGAGAGUCCUCUCCUCUUCUCCAUCCUAAACACUGGAGCUACUGCUGAGAGUCCUCUCCUCUCCUCCAUCCUAAACACUGGAGCAACUACUGAGAGUCCUCUCCUCCCCUCCAUCCUAAACACUGGAGCUACUGCUGAGAGUCCUCUUCUCUUCUCCAUCCUAAACACUGGAGCAACUACUGAGAGUCCUCUCCUCUUCUCCAUCCUAAACACUGGAGCUACUGUUGAGAGUCCUCUCGUCUUCUCCAUCCUAAACACUGGAGCAACUACUGAGAGUCCUCUCCUCCCCUCCAUCCUAAACACUGGAGCUACUGCUGAGAGUCCUCUUCUCUUCUCCAUCCUAAACACUGGAGCUACUGCUGAGAGUCCUCUCGUCUUCUCCAUCCUAAACACUGGAGCUACUACUGAGAGUCCUCUCCUCCCCUCCAUCCUAAACACUGGAGCUACUACUGAGAGUCCUCUCGUCUUCUCCAUCCUAAACACUGGAGCUACUGCUGAGAGUCCUCUCCUCUUCUCCAUCCUAAACACUACUGCUGAGAGUCCCCUCCUCUUCUCCAUCCUAAACACUGGAGCUACUGCUGAGAGUCCACUCGUCUUCUCCAUCCUAAACACUGGAGCUACUGCUGAGAGUCCUCUUCUCUUCUCCAUCCUAAACACUGGAGCUACUGCUGAGAGUCCUCUCGUCUUCUCCAUCCUAAACACUGGAGCUACUACUGAGAGUCCUCUCCUCCCCUCCAUCCUAAACACUGGAGCUACUACUGAGAGUCCUCUCGUCUUCUCCAUCCUAAACACUGGAGCUACUGCUGAGAGUCCUCUCCUCUUCUCCAUCCUAAACACUACUGCUGAGAGUCCCCUCCUCUUCUCCAUCCUAAACACUGGAGCUACUGCUGAGAGUCCUCUCGUCUUCUCCAUCCUAAACACUGGAGCUACUGCUGAGAGUCCUCUCGUCUUCUCCAUCCUAAACACUGAAGCUACUGCUGAGAGUCCUCUCCUCCCCUCCAUCCUAAACACUGGAGCUACUACUGAGAGUCCUCUCGUCUUCUCCAUCCUAAACACUGAAGCUACUGCUGAGAGUCCUCUCCUCCCCUCCAUCCUAAACACUGGAGCUACUACUGAGAGUCCUCUCGUCUCCUCCAUCCUAAACACUGGAGCUACUGCUGAGAGUCCUCUCCUCUUCUCCAUCCUAAACACUGGAGCUACUGUUGAGAGUCCUCUCGUCUUCUCCAUCCUAAACACUGGAGCUACUUCAAUCAAUGAAUAA